AUGGAGAAAUGUGCUGACGACUUCAUCUGGGAGAACUGUGUGGUCGGAGGCAAGGCCCUCGACCCUAAGUUUCUUCACAGCAUGAAGGAAGACUACCGGCACAAACGACCAGGCUGGUACCUCAUCUUCAUGUGGGAUGAGAAGUGUCAAGUCUGGGAGUGGUACCGGGUCUAUGUCGGACAAGCAGGAGGCGGAGAGGGCACAAAGACCCUGCUGGAUCGAGCGAACCAGCACCGCACCAGCUCCACCAAUCUUGCGAAGAAGGAACUCGUCUACCGCGCUUGGCGGGCGUUCGAGGACACAGCCGACGAAGACAAGAUGAACAAGGCGAAGAUCGUCAAGUUGGGCUUCGCGCCGGAUCAGGAUGAAUUCUCCGAUCCCGGCCAUGCCGACUUGUUUCUGAACCUUGGCGAGAUGUAUUUCUCUCUUGUCUUUCGCACCCUUCAGACCCAAGAUCUCAUCAAGUGGCUGCCCGAGGGAACUGCGGCGGACCAUUCUGACUUAGCCCCGCUUGGUCUGAAUGUUGCUCUGCCCCUUUCUCAAGGGCGGGUACUUGAAUUAACAAUGGCAUUUGGCAAGCUCGCCAAUUCCACUGACCCCAAUGUUCGCGAGGCCGCCCGGCAUACCCUCAAGCAGAACAUCCAGAAGGUAUAUGAUGACAACUUCGUUAAGAAUACCGAUACCCUCCGCAGGAAUGCUGCUUGGGCCGACGAGAACAUCUUUCGGGAUGUUCCCGCCGGCCAAACCGUACAGGUCAAGUGUGGCACCUGCGGUUGGGUUAAACAGGACCUCACUCCGCGUUAUAUGAUACGGACUAGGCAGUACCUAUCUCGUUAUUCUGGUUGCGAAGAAUGUCUCGUUAAGGAUGGAGACAAGAACGCUAACCGGAGGACGUCCAAACGGGUUUUCGUGCCGGUGGAUGAUACGAUUCCGUCGGGGCACUGGGUCCCUGGGUUUCAGUCCCUAGAAGAAAAUGUCCUGCUUAUAAGGCACCUCUGCUAG